AUGAUCAAUACUUUCGCAACGGAGGCAGUUCGGAUGCUCGAAGAAGUCGGUUGCACCAAAGCCUUCGGUGUAUCUGGAGGAUAUAUAUUUCCUCUAUGGCAUUCUUUGGUGUCGUCUACAAUUGACGUCUACCACUGUAGUAGCGAGAAUGGUGCAACAUUUUCAGCAAUGGAGCAUUCUUUGCACACCAACACAAUUGCUGCAGUUUUCGCCACCAGUGGUCCAGGACUCACAAAUGCUUUUACAGCUCUUAAGAGCGCUCGGGCUGACGGCGCCAAGGUUAUUUUCCUAUCGGCAAUUACGACGGAAACCGAGCAUGAUCCAAAGAAAGCGCAAGAGACCUGUCCAGCAAAUUUGCGACUUUUCACGGGCGACUCUCUACAAUUUCCAUUUAGUCAGAGCUUGAUUAUACGUCAUCAAGCUGACCUUGCGAAACUAUGGCAAGUGCUGCAUGAUCUUCAGUCAAGCUAUUCAGGCACCCUGGGUGCCUUCAUUGCGCCAGAUAUCCAAAAGUCUUCGGUUGCACCGCUGGUCCGGCAUGAAAUGCAGAACAGACUUGCCCCAAUUUCCGGUGACUCGAAGAUCCAACCCUGGAUUGACUUUGUUCAAACCAAACUCCAGACAGGGAAUCAUGUCAUCUGGGCAGGAUAUGGCGCUUUGGAAGCUUCAAAGGAUCUCUUGGAGUUGGCCGAGACCUAUGACACACCUGUCAUGACGACUCCGCGUGCCAAGGGUGUGUUUCCAGAGACACACCCGUUGUCUUGGGGUUGCACCGGUCUUGGAGGCAAUGUGGAAGGGAGUCUUCCCAAGGCUAGAAGCAACUGGGGCGUGAUCGUACUUGGCUCCCGCUUGGAGGAGGUAAGCUCCUCAUUCAUGCAACUUGAAUGGAAAGAAAGAGAAGUCAUUGCGGUCACGGUUGAGCCAGAAUAUAUUCGUCGUAAUCUGCCACCACAUACAAUAGUCAUCAACUCCGAUGUCCGAGUACUCCUUUCCGGUCUCGUGAAAGCGAUCACAAUGCCAAAGAUAUCGACAUACAGUUUGGAGCCUUACAAGAUUCCUCCAGAGAAAGCCACUCCCAACGGACUGCAUCCCAUAUCGGUGUUGUCAGCAGUUCAGGAGACUGCAAUUCGCAAGCACGACUACAAAAUUAUAGCGGACAUUGGCAAUACCCUCUCAUGGGUCACGCGAUAUCUUAAGUUUGAUCUGCCAGACUACUUCCGCAUCAGCACACACGACGCUGCAAUGACUCAUGCCGCGUGUGGAGUAAUUGGAAUCGGAUCGAACAACAAUCCAGUCAUUGCAAUUGUCGGUGAUGGCGCAAUGGUUAUGCAGAACGAAAUCAUCACAGCCGUGCGAUAUCAAAUGCCGAUUAUAUGGCUGGUGAUGAACGAUAGCUGCUAUAAUAUGUGCCAGCAAGUCUUCAACAUCGAAGGGGCGAAAGUACCUGAUUGCUCUAUUCCGCCGAUCCAAUUUGCUAAAUAUGGCGAAGCUCUGGGGGCCAGGGGACUGACAGUGGGACCUAGUGAGGACAUAAAUGAGGCUCUCAACCAAGCAAUUGCUUGGAAAGCCCCAACUGUGAUUGAUGUUAAGAUUGAUGGUACUAUUCCGGCUCCUAUCGGCAGUCGUGUUAAAUCACUGUCAUCUCGUUGA